CACUUCCAGUAUGCUGCGAAACCGUGCUGCUAUGUGACUCCCUGGGAUUAUUUAGCUGUCUUUGCGGUUGGUGGGAAGUAAGGUUAGAAAGUUUGGAAUUACAGUCUGUGUUUUGGGGGGUGAGGGGCGCCUAGGGAAGGUAGUGCAAGUGGUUUCGGAAGUGGAGCGUGGCAGAGAAAAGGAAGAAGGGGGGGGUUUUCUUUCCUGUGUGAUAAAAGAUAGCUCGCUUCGCUUGCUUGCCACGACGGGACUGACGUAGAAUAUGGCGGAGCAUCACCCGGUUUCCGACAGCAAACACAAAUCCUCACUGAACUCCGGAGCGUCGUACUCGGGGAACGGGCGCAGCAGCACGGCGGUCGCGGAGAGAGGCAGCAACGCCGGGGCAGGAGGAGGUGGUCUGUCCGGCGGCCUGUCGCAGCCGGCCGGGUGGCAGUCCUUGCUGUCUUUCACCAUCCUGUUCCUGGCCUGGUUGGCCGGCUUCAGCUCCAGGCUCUUCGCUGUCAUUCGCUUCGAGAGCAUCAUUCACGAGUUCGACCCCUGGUUCAACUACAGGUCGACUCACCAUCUCACCACCAAUGGCUUCUAUGAGUUCCUCAACUGGUUUGACGAAAGAGCCUGGUACCCUCUGGGUAGGAUAGUUGGGGGCACGGUGUACCCAGGCCUGAUGGUCACAGCGGGCCUCAUCCACUAUGUGCUCAACCUUCUGCACAUCACCGUCCACAUCCGAGACGUGUGUGUGUUCCUGGCACCGGUUUUCAGCGGCCUGACCUCCAUCUCCACCUUUCUGCUGACGAAGGAGCUGUGGAACCAGGGCGCGGGGUUGCUCGCAGCCUGCUUCAUCGCUAUCGUCCCCGGCUACAUCUCCCGCUCUGUUGCUGGCUCCUUUGACAAUGAAGGCAUAGCCAUCUUUGCCCUGCAGUUCACCUACUAUCUCUGGGUGAAGUCGGUGAAGACGGGAUCAGUCUUCUGGACCAUCGGAUGCUGCCUGUCCUAUUUCUACAUGGUUUCAGCUUGGGGUGGUUACGUGUUCAUCAUCAACCUUAUUCCUCUUCACGUAUUUGUCCUGCUUCUCAUGCAGCGCUUCAGUAGGAGAGUCUACAUAGCCUACAGCACCUUCUACAUCAUCGGCCUGGUCUUGUCCAUGCAGAUCCCCUUUGUGGGCUUUCAGCCAAUCAGGACCAGUGAACACAUGGCCGCAGCAGGUGUGUUUGUGCUGCUUCAGGUCUAUGCCUUCUUGCAGUACCUCAAGGACAGACUGACCAGGCAGGAGUUCCAGACUUUGUUUUUUCUGGGAGUCUCUGUGGCUGCUGGAGUGGUUUUUCUCUCUGUCAUCUAUCUGACAUACACAGGGUACAUUGCUCCAUGGAGUGGGCGCUUCUACUCCCUCUGGGAUACUGGCUAUGCUAAGAUCCACAUUCCCAUUAUAGCAUCGGUAUCUGAGCACCAGCCCACCACCUGGGUGUCCUUCUUCUUUGACCUCCACAUCCUCGUCUGCACCUUCCCAGCAGGCCUCUGGUUCUGCAUUAAGAACAUCAAUGAUGAACGUGUCUUUGUGGCACUGUAUGCCAUCAGCGCCGUAUAUUUUGCCGGCGUAAUGGUACGUUUGAUGCUGACUCUGACCCCGGUGGUGUGCAUGCUGUCGGCGGUGGCUUUCUCCAGCGUCUUUGAACACUACCUGGGAGACGACAUGAAGAGGCAGAGCCCGCCUGCAGAGGACAGCAGCGAUGAGGACGACAGGAAGAACGCUGGAAACCUCUACGACAAGGCUGGUAAGGUGCGCAAACACGUCUCAGAGCAGGAGAAGGCCGAGGAGGGCCUGGGCCCCAACAUCAAGUCCAUAGUCACCAUGCUGAUGUUGAUGCUGCUCAUGAUGUUUGCCGUCCACUGCACCUGGGUCACCAGCAACGCCUACUCCAGCCCCAGUGUCGUACUGGCAUCAUACAACCAUGAUGGCUCCCGUAACAUCCUGGAUGACUUCAGGGAGGCCUACUAUUGGCUGAGGCAGAACACAGACGAGCAUGCCAGAGUGAUGUCCUGGUGGGACUACGGCUACCAGAUAGCAGGCAUGGCGAACAGAACCACGCUGGUGGACAACAACACGUGGAACAACAGUCACAUAGCCCUGGUGGGCAAAGCCAUGUCUUCCAAUGAGACUGCAGCGUAUGAAAUCAUGAGGUCACUGGAUGUUGACUACGUCCUGAUCAUCUUCGGAGGGGUGAUUGGUUAUUCAGGCGAUGACAUCAACAAGUUCCUGUGGAUGGUGCGCAUCGCAGAGGGGGAGCACCCCAGGGACAUCAGGGAAAGCGACUACUUUACCCCGCAGGGAGAGUUCAGAGUGGACAAAGCUGGUUCCCCCACCCUGCUCAACUGCCUUAUGUACAAAAUGUCUUACUACCGCUUUGGAGAAAUGCAGCUGGACUUCCGGACGCCACCAGGCUUCGACCGAACACGCAACGCCGAGAUUGGCAACAAGGACAUAAAGCUGAAGCACCUGGAGGAAGCCUUCACUUCAGAGCACUGGUUGGUCAGGAUUUAUAAGGUCAAAAAGCUGGAGAACAGAGACCGCGUAGAGCACAAGCUGCGGAGCACUGAUGCCACUAAGCAGAAGUACACCACCAAAAAGACAGCCAAGAGGAAGCGUGGAUACAUCAGGAACAAGCUUUCCCUCAAGAAGGGCAAGAAACUGACCAAGAAAUCUUUAUAGAAAGUCUACCACCGACAGAGGCACAUUGUGGACGGGAGAGAGGAGAAAUCUUAAACACAAAACUUUCAACAAAAACCGAGCAGCAACAGUAAAUCCACCAAUCAAGAUGAAUAAGGAACACCAGAGGUUCUCCAGACCCCUGUCAUCCCGCGAGUCCUCACCCGGAGGUCAAAGGCUGCAAAUCUUACCAUCACCUAGGAGAACGCGUUGAACCCCAACUGACCUUUGACCUGGAUAAGCGGGGGGGGUCAAGGAGGCAGAGAACGGGAGAUGUUGGGCUAAUCCGAGACCCUCCCCACGCUGGUUUUAACCUGAGGAACUGUGACCUUUGACCCGCUUUUCUUUUUGUACUUGAACGUGAUAGGAGAGAGAGAGAGAGAGAGAGGGAGCAAGAGAGAUUAGCUGUCCCUAAUCCAGGGACUCCGCUUGGGACUGCUCUAUGUAUUGCAUCAUUCAGAAGAUACACCACUUUCCUAUCAUGCCCCCAAUCCAACUCCGCAACCCUAGACCAAUGACAGGUCGACCCACAUGGUGUUUUCCCCUCGUUGGAGUUUAUUCAGUUCUUGAUAAAUAAUCGGUUUGAUGGGAAAGGAGAGAAACAGGAAACAGUUACAGCAGCUUUCAGAGGUGUGAGAUUGUGCUUAGAUGCUUCUGGAAGGUCCAGGUGUUGGAACGUACUCAGCGGUCUGUUUUUAUGUGUUUCAUUUCCUUUACACUCUCCUUAGAAUCCGUUAUUAACAGGAGUGCAUGUACUCGUAUGUGCCAACCAGGAGAAGCCAUUUCUCUUCACACAACCUCACUGCUGCACUGACAGGACAUAUCAGCUUAGAACCACACCUACUUAAUGGAAAAUCCACUUCAUUACCACUUGGUCUUAUGUUUUUGUAGUUUCUAUUAUCACAUUGUAGGGCUUGUGUCCACAAGGUGUGUUUGUGUUUUUCUUCUGACAGAAAAGCGCUGGCAGGAUGCAGGGGAGGGCUGGGAGGGACAAUAAUACAAUAUUCUGACAGAUCCUAACAAUUGGCCAUUAGCUUAACAAACAACUGCAGACAAAACAGGCGGAAAUAUCACUUUUCUGCUAUUUCUACAUUUUACUUGAGCUGUAGUCAACUCCCCGGUUCAACUUCACCCGGUUCAGUGUCCACGGCAGCCCAGUGAGGAAACCAAAAUCAGGAAACAAGCUGUUUUCUGUUUUCUAUCCAUUUGUAAAUGGUAGUCAGCAAACAGCUUGUUCCCAAAUUUAGUUUUUCUUAUUUCAAAACAAAUACCCGUUGGCUGCAAACUGCACUGACUGUAUCGGUCGGACGAGCAGAGGACAGAGAAACUAGCGCCGCCAUAAAUCCAGCCACAGACUCUGAAUAGUUUUUUUCUGUCUGACAUAUCAUAGAGCUCAGAACAGACACACGGCUACAAGCUUCUCCAUUUUAUUGGUUACCUGGGUGACAAGUCCCCCUUCUAUAAUAUUAUCAGUUGCCUGAAAAUGAGCGACAGCGAUGACACCACCUCCUGUCUGAAAAGACUUUUUCUGUAGGUGACCGCAUGCCGCUCAGUAAAGAACACUAUGUGGACACAAGCCCUCACUCCAGGUAAUUACUGAGACCUCAGAACACAGCGACAGCAGUAAAAACAAGUCAGACCGGCCCAGAAACACCAGCAGUCAGCAGGUUAGACAAACGCAACUGGAACAGAUUUACUUCCUGGUUCAACUUUGAUCCACUCUAUUCGCCACAGUUGAACUCGUGUUUCUUGCUCUCUGACACUUUGUUGCAGUGACGUCACCAACGUAUCUCAGCAAUGACUUAAAAGAGUACAAUAUUACCAUAACUGAUAGAAAGGAUGGAUAGAACUAUGACAAAGACCCAAGUUGUAAUAAACCAGAUUUCUCCUGUAAAACCUUCUAUCAGUAUCAUUCAAACGUCGUUGAGCAGGCCUACCCGAGACCCUCCGUGUAUUCACAUUAGCUUUGUUUAAGAUGCUUUAGGGAAGCCAUGAACCCAGCUCUCCAUUUUAUCACUUGAUUCUUGAAUUAAUAUGUUGCUCACACACAAGCAGUGCACGCAUGUUUCUGAGCUUCAGGGGGAGAAAGUGAAUGUUUAAAGAAGCAGUGAAGUGUGUGUGUGUGUGUGUGUGUCUGUGUGUGUGUGUGUGUGUGUGUGUGUGUCUGUGUGUCUUUUUUCUUUUUUUUAAUGAUAGCUCUGGCUGCAAUCUGGACUGAGAUUUGCGAGUCACUACCACUUUAAAGUAACGGGGCCCACGUGCUUGCUUUUUGUUGCUAGCAGCAUAUGCUAACGGGAUGUCUGUCACGUCUGCCAGCGUGAUCAUUAAAAAGCCAUUAGAUGUGUAGCACCCCUUCACUCAAAUCUGAAACCCCUUCAGCUGCCGGCGCCCAGGAGCAUUCAAACCAAUGUGACUGGAAAGCAGCAGCGCGUCAGGAGCAGUGUCUGCUGUUAGUGUGUCACCAGUCCACCUGAUUCCCUUUGAUCUCCUGUCAAAUGUCCCACUGCACUCUGUACAUAGCAGACUGCUUCUCCCUUCACAUACAGUAACAGCAUCAAACACUCUGCUCCCGCUGCUUAUUCCCUCAUGAAUUCCUCUGAGCUGUCAGCAGGAGGAGGCUUUGUUGACUUGCAGAGGGUUAAAACAUUACACUCUAGUGCUUCGCUCUGAUUUCCACCGUUUUCUCAUCUAUAGUUCUGUCAUGCAACCGGUGGCAUAAAAGUGGCUAUUUCUUAUCAUCGUAUGUGAUAUAUUUUGAUUUGAAGGUAUAAUUUGUUCCCUGUUUCCCUAUGAUUUAAUCCGCCUUAUUCUUGUUUCUUGAAGAUAUUCCAAGGAACUAGUGAUUCUGUGUGAGCUUUUUGUCAGAAGAACGCCAACUUUUGCAAAUCCAGGUGGAGAGGAUAGCACUGGCCUUAACAGGAAAAAAAAAAAAAUUUACAAAAAAAGAAAUCAUAUCGUUUCCAGAGCUCGACAGAGUCGGUGAGUGUAUUUAUUACAUGGACGAUGGAGGCUGCGGUGACUAAAGCGAGCGUAGCGUCCUAUCAAGAAAUGCAAGGAUUUUAUUUCGUUUUUGAUUUUCUAAGUCAAGGUUUCUUCCAUCAAUUGUAAUGAUCUGGAUGCAGGUGUGAGAAUGAAACAUGCCUUUUUGAAUAAAGAGGUUGAAAUAA